GCCAGACUCCCUCUUCAUCCCUUACAGCAAAGUAUUUAUACUGCUAGUCGCCUCUGGCUACUGCCUGACUCUGCUCUCUGCCCACCUACUUUGAACAGCAGCUCCUCCCACCUGGACAUAAAAGCUAACUGCAUGCUACCGGCAGUUGAUCAGAGCACUCUUUCAGUCUUCCCAGCGUGGUGAGCCAGUGAUCUCCCCUCUUUGGGACCUUGCAAACUCAAGGUGCUGGCGAUAAAAAUAUAUCUUUCCUUUCCAAAGUCUGAUGAAAAACCAAGGCUUCUGAACACCCUUGUGCACUAACUCACAGCUCCAUCCUUUCCCCCAAAAUCUUAAUGUUAUGGCUUUGUGGCUAGCACCUACGUGGCUUUUGACGGCGGUUGCAUCCCUUUACCUUGGGCUACUGAGACCCACCCAAGCAGGUGCUUAUUAUGGGAUCAAGCAGAUGCCUCCCCAAGUGCCCCAGUACCAGCCCCUGGGGCAACAAGUACCUCACAUGCCACUGGGCAAAGAUGGUGUUCCAAUGCAGCACAUGGCCAAGGAGGGGCCACACUUACCCUAUGGGAAAGAAUAUGUGCCUCAGUACAUCAAAGAAAUCCCACAGAUACCCAUGCUUGGCAAGAAGGGGAUUUCAAAGAAAGGAAAAGAACUUCCAUUAGCCAGUCUGAGAGGUGAGCAGGGUCCUCCUGGGGAGCCUGGACCAAGAGGCCCACCUGGACCACCAGGGAUACCAGGACACGGAGUGCCGGGAGCCAAAGGAAAACCAGGUCCACAAGGAUAUCCAGGGAUCGGCAAACCAGGCAUGCCCGGAAUGCCAGGAAAACCAGGAGCGAUGGGGGCUCCGGGAUCAAGAGGAGAGAUGGGGCCAAAGGGAGAGAUUGGACCUAUGGGCAUUCCAGGGCCCCAAGGGCAACCAGGACCUCAUGGACUCCCUGGAAUAGGAAAGCCAGGUGACAGAGGAUUGCCAGGACAGCCAGGAGGAAAGGGCGAGCCAGGGAUGAAAGGGCAACCUGGAAUGCAAGGCCCCCCAGGCCCAAAAGGAGAUAAAGGUGUUGGGAUUCCAGGAUUGCCAGGGCUAAAAGGUCCACCUGGUUUACCUGGACCUCCAGGUCCUGUUGGGCUUCCAGGGGUAGGCAAGCCAGGGAUGGUUGGUUUCCCAGGCCCACAGGGACCUGCAGGCAAACCAGGGCUUCCCGGAGAGCCAGGGCCUCGGGGGUUAGGUGGGGCUCCUGGAAUUCAAGGUCCUCCUGGCCUUCCAGGUGUGGGGAAACCAGGCCAAGAUGGCAUUCCAGGGCAGCCAGGGUUUCCAGGUGGGAAAGGUGAGCAAGGCUUGCCAGGCUUACCUGGACCUCCUGGCAUGCCGGGGAUUGGGAAGCCAGGUUUCCCUGGGCCUAAAGGUGAGCGUGGCAUGGGCGGUAUUCCAGGACCACUUGGGCCUAAGGGUGAAAAGGGACACAUGGGCCCACCUGGUAUGGGUGGGCCACCAGGGGAACCAGGCCAACCAGGAUUGCCAGGGCUAAUGGGGCCCUCAGGUGCUAUGGGGUUUCAAGGGCCUAAAGGAGAAGCUGGAGCUGUUGGCCCUCAAGGACCAAUUGGUCCAAAAGGUGAAGUUGGUUUACAGGGUUUCCCAGGGAAGCCUGGUUUCCCAGGAGAAGUGGGGUCUCCAGGCCUAAGAGGCUUACCUGGCCCAAUCGGACCCAAAGGGGAAGCUGGUCACAAAGGCUUGCCAGGUCUGCCUGGUACUCAUGGGCCCAUGGGUCCCAAAGGAGAGCCUGGGAUCCCAGGGGCUCAAGGCCUCCAAGGCCCUUCUGGAAUCCCAGGCAUCGCAGGACCCAGUGGCCCAAUUGGGCCUCCCGGGCUUCCCGGGGUGAAGGGUGAACGAGGCCUACCAGGCCAGCCAGGAUUUCCAGGAGCAGGGAAACCUGGAAUUGCGGGGAUGCAGGGCCCACCUGGGAAGCCUGGGUCCAUUGGUGCUCCUGGCCAGCCAGGCCUCCAGGGACCUCCAGGGCCUCCUGGCCCACCAGGCCCUCCAGUCAUAAUACAGCCCACACCGCCAGCUAUGGGACAAUAUUUGCCUGAGGUGGGUCCAGGCCUUGAUGGAGCAAAGACGCCAUAUGGCUACAAGAAAAUCAAAAACGGAGCCACUUCCUACGAGAUGCCCGCAUUCACAGCUGAGCUCACCACACCUUUCCCACGGGUUGGAGUUCCUGUGGUGUUUGACAAGCUCCUCUACAAUGGCAGGCAGAACUAUAACCCACAGACUGGCAUCUUCACCUGCGAGAUCCCAGGGAUUUACUACUUUGCCUACCACGUUCACUGUAAAGGGGGGAAUGUUUGGGUGGCUUUGUUCAAGAACAACGAGCCCCUGAUGUACACGUACGAUGAGUACAAGAAAGGCUUCCUGGACCAAGCUUCUGGGAGUGCCGUCGUUCAGCUGACGCUAGGUGACAGAGUUUAUAUCCAGAUGCCAUCCGAACAAGCAGCAGGACUCUAUGCUGGGCAAUAUGUCCAUUCAUCUUUUUCAGGAUAUUUAUUGUAUCCCAUGUAAACCAAAACACUCGGACAGAACAAAAACUCCCCCCUGCCCGUUCUCCAAAUCUAUACCAUUGAAAGGUGCAUUUAAUGACUUUUAUUUUGUUUUAAUUUUUUUUUGGACCAACAUGUACAAUCAUUCAAAUAAAAUUACAACUUCAAACAUUAUUUACAGCUUGUUAUAGAGAAAAGUGGUGGCAAACCCAGUGGGGAUCUGUUUGCUGCUGUACACUGAACAUGUUCAACAUUUGCCUUGGAUAAUGCCUAUGUCGGGGUUCACAUCAGGUGCUCAUGUGAUGUGCUUUUACUGUUUGCUUACCUGAAACAUUCAGCUAAAGGAGGAUUUGGGAAAGAAAAAGAAACAGUGGUGCUGAUUUUAGAGUACUGUACAGCAACAGUAGUGCUGGUCACAUCCACAUCAAGGAAGGAAUUCAGUGGAGCAAUAAGUUGAAGUCCCUCAGCAAUGUACUAGUUGCACCAGUAUAAGAGUGUUUAAAAUGUACGAUGCGGAUGUGAACUAGAGUAAGGUGUAGAAUCCUGCAAUGUAAAUUAAGCUUCUCCUUCCCAUAGUCUUUUCUUGCUGUGCAGGACUCUUCCAACUCGUACCUGCAAAGAAUGACAGAAAAUAAUUGCUUUUGGUGUUAGCUAAGCAAGGAAAUGACCCCAAGUCCUCAGAAAUCCAAGGAAAACUUUCCCAGUUCUUUUUUCCAGUGAGCAGUGGGUCAUUUCACCAGCAACUGGGGUACUUUCAAAGGCAUUUAUCUAGAUCUAUAAGUACUGGAAAACAAUGACUUUUUAGAUAAAACUUUCAGUCCAGGUGAAUGUAUCUGUUAUGUGAAAACAAGUGAAGGUGAGGACAGAACAGGUUUGUGGUUGCUAGAUAAUCCCUGCUGCCUCACAGAUCAGCCAACAGACCUCUGGAAAUAGGUAUAUGGAAUAGUGAACAUGUAACAAAGGCAAGGUUGUGACACCUGAGUCAUGGGUGCUGAAAGAUAUAUCUCAAACAAGCACCAAUGGAUGGAGCGAGAGUUGAGCACUUCUAGGUUGCUUUGAUUUCAUUCGGUGAAAGCUACAUACUGUACAUGCUUAGCACCAAAGCACAUUUGACACAGAAUCACAUAUUCCCACCCACCCAUCUGCAGUUUACACACACACACACACACACACACACACACACACACUGCAGCCAAAGAGGCUGCAAAAAUAAAAGACUCCUGUAGGAGGGAGGAGAGCAGCUUUUUAACUUUCUCCUCUCUUGACAGUUUUCCAGCUAAAAGCAGCCCCCUUUCCCAACCACCUUUUCUCCAUAGGAAAAGCUGCAUGGGAACGAUUUUCAGUGGAGUUAUCUUCAGAGGGGAAAGAGUUUACAGUGAUUCCACUCUCUCCCUACUGGUUUUCCAGUUCUGGAUUGCAACCUCUACUGCUUCAUUAAGGAGGAAGUUACAUGGAACUCCAUGUAGUGUUUAGUUUGGCCACUCCUGCACCUAGUGAAAUCAAAAGCAACAUUAACGAACUUAAAUUUGGCUGAAUUACACCCCCACCUCCACCUUGUUUGCCUCUUUGUUUGGGACUCAAUAGUUUUCUUUGGGAUAAGCUGAGAACUGAAGUUGCCUCUUCAUUGGUCCACUUCUAUCUUCACUUAAUAAAUGGUGGAUAAGCUAGCUAGCAAUGGUUCAGGGUAGCACAGCAGCUUCUGUUUUGUCAGUUGUCUCCUGAAAGGGCCUCUUUGCAUGGAGGUCACGUCACGUGGCUAUUGACCGCUUCCCAAUCCUUUGAAUGUGUGCUUCGUUCCUCAUUGCAAACGCUUGCCCCUGAGAACAUGCAGGCUGCAGAUUCUUAAGAAUGUGAAAGCAGCAGUAUGCUGUGGCUGCAAUCCAGCAGAGUUAGACCUGCUUAAAUCCAUUGGCCUUGAGCAAAAUGUGUGCAUGUGCAAAAGGUAGCUCAAAUUAGUGACAACCAUGAAGACUGACUUUCUGGUAAAGAAGAGGAAGGGGGGCUUGAAUUCAUCCCUGCUUCCUUCCUGAUGAACAUCUGAUCAGUGCUGUCACCAAACAGCUGAACAGGACUGUGUGGAGGCAGAGAAGGGGCAGGCGGUUCAGGGAAAGAACUGCAUGUGAAAGGCUGGCCCUAACCCAACAACUGGGUUUCAAGAGACCAUGGGCUACUCUGGAGACCUCUCAACAGAGUUUACCCCUCCAGAACCUUGGGGUAUGUCUACAGCAGGAGUCUGCACCCCCUAAGAUUUUCCUAACUGCAACCUCUUUUCCUUACUGCAGUAUUUAUAUAGAGGGGGAGGGUGGCUCUCUGCCACAUCCAGCGUGAUUUGGCAAAUGUAAACUUUGCCAAGUGCAGUGAUGCAGCUUGAGCUUUUCCUCCAUAUGGGCAGCACCCGCGUGGGCCCAAGGUUCUUCGUACAGAUGUGGGUCUAGAAACCUUCUGCAACAGGUAUACAACCCCCUAGCAUGGAGCAGCAUCAAUGAGCUUUAAGCACUCUAACCCUUUGAUGGAUCGUAUCCUCUCUCUUCAACAACGGUGCUAACGUCACAGUGAAAAAAGGAUGCUUUUCAAAGCUGCACAUCACUUUGGUUACAUUAGUUUAAACAAGGUUACGUCAUUUCUUCAUGUAAGCGGAAGCCUCUGGGUGAAAUUCAAUGUCAUGCCCGUCCGAGUGUUGCGUCUGCCCAAGUGUUUCAACUUGCCAGAUGGAACAAUCCUCUCUCUUCUCCUGCUGUGUGCUGCUCUGGGGGUUCUCCUGACACCACCACCCCAAGCCAGUGUCCAGGGUGGGGGGAUGCGGGGGAUGAGGGGGAAGAAGCCCUGUUGCACAAGCGGAAGUCCUUACACUUGACUUCCACUGAAGGGGCUCGUUUGCUGAAUCCUCCCAACCAGGUUUAACUGAAAGAAGCCUCUUUCACGUGCAACGAGUAUGGACUCAAACUAGCACUUCCAUUAUUAUGAUGAUUUUUAAAAUACUGCCAUUAAUUUUCAAUUUUUAUAUCACACAUACAACAUAACUCAGCCAUUCCAUUAUUUAAACACAGAGUUUCAUGCAGCAUAUCUUUCAGCACAAAACUGCAAUAACGGAGACAUGAAAAUGAGAAGUUUUAUAGAAUGCUGAGAUGAUAGGAAGCUUCUAAACUGGGGUAUCUUGGGGCCCGUUGCUAGGCUAUAGGUAUGGAAGAGAUGAAAAUAGCAAAUAAAUUUGUAUUUAAUUUUUUUGUACUGAUUGUAAAAGAUCUUAUUAAAUACCUUUUUGAAA